UCUUGAACUUUUUGUACUCCAUACCUGUGUAUCAGUUAAUCAGUUAUUACUAUUGGUUGCUUAGCUUCUGUUGUUUAAAUGUGGGUUUGGGGAUUAUAGGAUUCUAAAGUUUUGGGUUUCUCUUUGUCUGUGAAACUCUGCACAAUCUUAACUCUUGGGUUCCAAAGUGUGAUAAUUUAAUCUGAAAAGUUUGCUUCUUUGGAUAUUGGUGAGUUGCUGAAGUUCCCUAAGUUAGACUCUUCCUCUGUUGAGCGGUUUGCAUCACAUACUAUAUAUUGGACUUGAGAAGUUCUGACUUUUCAGCUUGUUUAUUGAAAAAAUUGUGCUGGAUUAUUGGGUUACCGAUCUGUCACUGGAAAUUUGACACAUUUUUCUCAUUUUCGGUGUAACAUAGACGCUUGGUCUGAUUAGGUUGUCUGACAUUUGGACUGUCUGCUCUACAAUCCAAGUCUGUUCUAUAUCCCAGUUUUGCAAAUUAUUUCACAUUGCUUUUUGAAUUGCAUUUGCAAGAUCAUUGAAUGACAAAGUUGUAACCUUAAUGUCAUUGUAGCCCAAUAAUUUCCUUCUGUUCAGGGGAUUAGAUGUAGGCUUUGGAAUAGCAAUUUGUGAGUGCAUUUCUUGGAUUUGUUUCACUCUAUCAAUUUUCUAUCAGCUUGCAGUUUAAAAGGAUAUCAUGGAGGGACAAGGUGCAAUCAAGAAAGAUGUCACCGAAUUAAUCGGAAAUACCCCAAUGGUAUACCUGAACCAUGUUGUGGAAGGUUGUGUAGCUCAAAUUGCUGCCAAGCUUGAGAUGAUGGAACCCUGCUCUAGCGUGAAAGACAGGAUUGCACAUAGUAUGAUCAAGGACGCUGAGGAUAAAGGUCUAAUAACUCCUGGGAAGACUGUUCUUAUUGAGCCCACAAGUGGCAACACUGGCAUUGGAUUGUCAUUCAUCGCAGCAAGCAAGGGCUACAAGCUGAAGUUAGUCAUGCCAUCUUCAAUGACUCUUGAAAGAAGAAUUGUGCUCCUAGCUUUUGGGGCCGAGGUGUACCUCACAGAUCCUGCCAAAGGCUUUAAGGGAGUUCUUGAUAAGGCUGGGGAGUUGCUACGUGACACACCUAAUGGUCAUAUGCUUCAGCAAUUUGAAAACCCAGCCAAUCCAAAGAUUCAUUAUGAAACCACCGGCCCGGAGAUAUGGAGAGACUCAGCGGGGAAAGUUGAUAUCCUGGUUUCAGGGAUAGGAACUGGUGGCACAGUAACUGGUGUAGGGAAGUUUCUUAAAGAGCAAAAUCCAGAGAUCAAGGUUUACGGUGUAGAACCAAUUGAGAGUGCAGUCUUGAAUGGUGGUCCACCUGGUAAGCAUCUGAUCCAAGGAAUUGGUGCUGGUUUCAUACCUCAAGUGCUCGAUGUUAACCUGCUGGAUGAAGUUAUUCAAGUAUCCAGUGAGGAAUCUAUCGAGACUGCUAAGCUGCUUGCACUGAAAGAAGGUCUUUUGGUGGGGAUCUCAUCUGGUGCUGCAGCAGCAGCAGCAAUAAAGUUGGCAAAGAGGCAGGAAAAUGCUGGAAAACUAAUAGUUGUGGUGUUCCCCAGUUUCGGAGAGCGGUAUCUGUCUUCUGCACUCUUUGAUACCAUUAGGCAUGAAGCAGAAAACAUGACUUUUUGAGAGUGUUGCCAAUGUAAUGAACUGCUUUGCGCUUUUGUGUCCUUUGUCAUUGAAAUAAUAAUACAUAGACUAGUUCUUUGAAGGGCAAAAGUCUUUGAAACAAAUUCAGAGACAAUACCAUCUACAUUUCUCGAUCAAAGUCUUCAGAAAAUAGUUUACAAGUACAUUCAUUGAUAUAGAUUUUGUAUCUCACAAGCUUAUGAUAUGCAUUUGGGGACCCGAUCGAAUAACCCAAAUUACACAUGUAUUACAUACUUUAUUUCAAGUGACAUGAUAUAGAUCACAUUCUAAACUGUUUUAUUUGUAUGUAUGAAAUGAUAUACUUUUCACUG